AUGUUCAGCUCGCUCCUCCCCAAACCAAAGCAUGCUCCCUACGACCCGAGUCUCAACGUGAGAGUCUCGCGUACAACCAGUCGCCACUCGUCCCAGCUUCUCCAUCUCCCUAAAAGCUCCAAUAAAACCAUCAUCGAUAACCCGCAUACCAACAACACCAUUUCGAAACUUCACCUAAACCCGGACGGAACUUUGGACUAUAACCUCACAAUCGCAUCUGCCACAGGCUCUAAUGUUCAGGCGUCAUAUGAGGACACCAUCGCCUUGAAAAAGCGGUUUCCCAAGCUAAAGCAUCAUUUUCCAAGGUACGAUUUGCAUACCAGUCCAGACAGCAGCCUUCAGAAAACCGUGCGAGAGACCAAAAAGGCCAUUGCAGCACUCAUGAAUCGCGGGGCAGGCUCCUCGUCCAAGAGCACCAACGAAGUGUCGUACGUGAAGUACGAAAACAAUAGUCUUGUGGAGGGAGAAGAUAGGGGACGGGUGAUCCAGAUACGAGAGUUCCAGGAAGACCCAAUGCUCCCGCCCAAAUUCAAGCUCAGAAAGAACCGACACAAAGAACCGUCUCCCCCUCCUCCUAUUUUGAAGAAUACAAAUGCCUCCCAAACGAAAUUGACCAAGGAAGACAGAGAGAAAUGGAAUAUACCCGCAGCAAUCUCCAACUGGAAAAAUAAUCAAGGUUUCACCAUCUCCUUGGAUAAGAGGGUUAUGGCUGCGAAUGGUGGAAAAGAGGAAGAGGUUCCUGAUUUAAACAUUGAGAAAUUUGGCAAGCUAUCGUCUGCUUUGGAAAAUGCCGAUAAGGAAGCAAGAGAGGAGAUCCGCAUUAGAAAUGAAAUGAUGCGAGAGUUGGCCAUCAAGGAAAAGCAGGAAAAGGAGGCGAAAUUAAGGGAGUUAGCUGAAGCUACUAGGCGAGAAAGAGGAAAAAGAGCAAAUCAUGAUGGUGGGAGUGAUUGGAAGAGAAGAAAAUGA